AUGGGGUUCGGAUUUUCACCCCCUACUGAAGUUGGAGAGACAAUUCCAGCAAAUACUGAGCAUGCGGUUAGUGUGACGUUACCGACAUGGGCAGCAAAUGUUGCGUACGAAGAAGGCGAGGCCUGGGUUGCCGACAAAAUGACCUCGGGGUACCCCCGAUUUUGCAUUCACUUCAAAAUUCGGGAGCUAGAGAGGUGGUUAGAGGAAAAUUACGGGCGCGAAAACGAGAGCGCCAUGGUAUUUCCUUCAAAUGGAGCUGCUCAGCGUUGUCGUGAAUUUAUAAAGCGUCGUCAAGACACCAUGGCCCACCCGCAGAUUCGAGUUCUACAGUUGGCUACUCCUAAAUCCGCAGAAAAUGGCAGUGCGCAGGCGCAUGUUGCGGUGGUAUUUUUCCCCAAAGAGCUGUUCCCCGUCGCGAAGCAGUACUGGCAGCAUACCGGCGAAGGUGUUUCCAGCCGGUUGGCAGAGUACUUUUUAGAGCAAUACACCACGGCGAACGAUGCCAAAGACCAAAGCACAUAUGUCGAGGAGCGAUUUGGUCGCAAUCUUGAUGUUUCACGGACGGAGGAAGCUAAAGGCGCCCUGCGGUCUCGCAUUGCCGGCCACUUGUGCCAGCAUGUUGACAAUGUUUGUGCCGAUCAAAUCUAUCUCUACCCCACGGGCAUGACUGCAAUCAAUUCUGCCCACCGACUCUCUAUGGCAUUCAAUGAGAGUGACAAAAACGGGCUGAGAAGUGUUUGCUUUGGAUUCCCUUACACUGACACGCUUAAAACGUUGGAAAAAUGGGGGCCCGGUGCUAUAUUUUAUCCGCGAGGUACUGAACAAGAGCUCAAUGAACUAGAAAGCCUGCUGAAAUCAGGAACUCGUAUUGCAGCUUUAUUCUGUGAAUUCCCAUCGAAUCCUCUUCUAAAAUCACCUAAUAUUGUGCGGAUCAGCAAGAUGGCCAAGGACCACGACUUUUUGGUCAUUGUUGACGACACUGUCGGGAAUAUGAGUAACAUUAGCGUUCUGCCAUGGGUGGACAUGACGGUUUCAUCUCUCACCAAGAUUUUCAGCGGUGACUGUAACGUUAUGGCUGGCGCAUUGGUGUUAAACCACAACGGCCGUCAUUACACGGAGCUGAAAAGGAUCAUCAGCGCCCAAUUCGAGGAUCUGUUUUUCGCCCUGGACGCCUUAUACUUGGAGCGGAAUUCUCGUGAUUUCGCCCAGCGCAGCCACCGGACUAAUGCAAACGCUGAAGCAGUCGUUGACCUGUUGCGAUCUCGCACAGAUCUUGUCAAAGAAGUUUACUAUCCCAAAGGUUCUGACACACAAGCAAACUACGACCAGGUAAAAGUUUCUGAUGGAGGCUAUGGUGGACUUCUUUCUGUGGUAUUCAAGAACCCUGAGCAUGCCUCCACGUUCUUUGAUGCCAUCAAUAUUGCCAAGGGCCCUAGCUUGGGCACAAAUUUCACUUUGGCAUGCCCCUAUACAAUAAUUGCCCACUUCCUUGAGCUGGACUUUGUCGAAUCCUGUGGCGUGGACCGAAACCUGGUUCGCAUCAGCAUUGGGCUUGAAGAGACCAAGGACCUGCUUGAGCGUUUCGAACGGGGCUUAAAAGCAUGUGAAAAUAGCUAA